AUGGCGAACCAGGGCUAUGAUGUCGUCGUAGACGUCGAUGAAGGGGGCGAUCUGGGUCAUACAGACCUCCAACAAGACGACCUCGAAUUCCAUUCUUCCAACUUCAACGACCCAUCGAACCCACGCUCCAAAAUACUUCCAGACACAUCCACUCCUUUCGGCAGCACCCAAAAUCCCACACCGUCCAAACGUUUCCUCUGGACCCUAUCAUUCUAUGCCCAAUUUUUCGAUGUCGAUACAUCGGAAGUGCUCCGCCGCUGUACCUCGUCUCUCUACCCGCGUGCCCCGUUCCUGGAUAUUCUGGACGGAAACCCCGAUCUCUACGGCCCGUUCUGGAUCGCUACGACGCUUGUCUUUAUACUUUUCAUCACAGCUACUAUGAGUCAAUACCUGAGCCGGAACCAUGAUAUCCAUUUCGAAUACAAUUUCGCCCUGCUCAGCGGCGCCGCAGGUUUGAUUUACGGUUACACGGGCUUCGUCCCUGUUGGCCUAUGGGCCUUGCUGCGGUGGUUUGGAGCCGAAUCCGCAACACUCGUCGAAUGUUGGGCGUUAUAUGGGUAUGCGAAUGUGAUAUGGAUACCCGUGGCCAUCAUCAGCUGGAGUCCGAUUUCAAUGUUGAACUAUGUCUUCACUGCGUUAGGGUUUGUGGUGAGCGUUGCGUUUCUGGUCAGGAAUCUGUGGCCGGUUGUGAGUGUUACAGACGCGAAGAUUAGUCGGGUGCUGGUCAUUGCGGUGGUGUUGUUGCACGCGGGAUUGGCUAUUGCGAUCAAAUUUACAUUCUUCGCACAUGGCAGUCCCGCUGUAAAGGUCAACAAGCCGAGUGGCGAUGGAGUUGGAGCCACGAAUACGACAAGACCUCUGUUAGGCUUUUGA